UCAGAAUAACGAAACAAUUCUGACCCCAUAGUAACUGGCUACAUCAGCACAUGCACUGAGAACAUUAUUCCCACAAUAGAGCGUAAGACCGAUGUCAAUGAUGAACCUUGGGUCAACUGCAAUAAGGCCACUUUACCACAUUUCUUUCAGGUGGCAUUGAGGAAUACAAAAAAAGCGCCAGAUAGUGUCAGGAACAGUUUUUGACCAUUAGAGGUCGCCAAAGACUUACUGUUGUACUGUCACAGGGAUGGAUCUUCUCUCUUUCACCUUCUGAAUGUAAACCUGUGGAUACUUACAUAAGAGAUGACUCGGCAUCAGGUUUUAUUCGCCGAUCCACUUCUUCAGUAGGGGCUGGGUAUUUUCUCAGCAAGAAGGAUGGAAGAUUACCAACCAUGCAGUGACAACAGGGGUCUUAAUAAAAGUCACCAUCUGAAAUUGUGUCCUUUGACCACAGCAUUCGACUACAGUGUUCCGUUAUCUUCACCUUCAAAGUUCACCAUCAAAUAUGAUAAACUAGUUUGUAUUCAUCUACCUGAAUGAUAUUCUAAUCUUCUCAUGGUCCUUAAAUGAGCAGCACCACCAUGUGCAUGAUGUCCUCCAGAGACUACCCAAGAGCAAACUGAGAAGUGUGAAUUCCCAAGAUGACCCAAGAUGUUGGUGUUGGAAUUGCUGUCAAGGAGAUACAAAGACGACAUAGUUUUAGUCAUUAUUCGUGCACAUUUUUCAGAGAGUUCAGGGGCUGCCCCCAUUUCUGCCCUGGGAAAAUGUGUAGCAGCCUUCUUUGUGUGGAUGCGAGAAGCUGACCAGACUUUUAAGAAACUUAAGCAGCACUUUUUCAUCAGCUUCCCAAGGUCAUGGUCUCUGAUCGAGGUCCUCAGUUAUCUUCCCAUGUGCCAAGCCUUCUGCAAGCCUUUUUUCUGUCACAGCCAGUCUGUCCUUUGGAUACAAUCCCCAAUCAAAUAGACAGGGUGUCACCAUUUCAAUAUCAAGUUCCUUCAUACAGGACCAUGAGACUCUGGUAUAAGUUUGCAGUUGACAUGACCUGGGUCAGUGACUGUGAAUAUGAUGGUGGUUGACUUCGAGAGAACACAGAUAAACAUUGACCGAUCCUCAGUGGAGAUCAUCAAGAGCACCACAUUGCUUGUGAACCUGGCAGAGAACCUCACCUGGUCCCUCAAACCAGUGCCAUUGGCAAGAAAGCCCACCAGCUCUCUAAUUUGCAUGAAGGCCGAGGAAACCUGAUCAUUGUGACCACAUUCUACAGGGGGGACCAUUAAGAGCAUCCUGAACAGCUGCCUCACUGCUUGGUUUUGGAAACCAUUGGAGUCUCUUUUCAGAAGCAUUCGGGCCCUCACAACCAAGACUGUGUAACAGUAUUUUUCCCAAAAUCCAUCAGACUCACACACCUGACACACUAACACACACACCUACCCUAUACUUACCUAUACAUCAUCAGUUUUUACAUUUUUAAAUGCUGCUACAAAUAUUUUUUUGCACACCAAACAGAGUGUACACUGGUACACUGUUACACUGGUCAGUACAAUUUUUAUGUAUCUGGCUUGUAGAGUGUAGUAUUGAGUGUUUUUUUGUAUUGUUUGUUUGCACUGACUCUUGUCUUGCACUGUCUUUUGUCUUGCACUGUAUGCACUUUUCCACCAUGUCAAUAGGUACAUUUUAUUUUUACUUUUUAUCCCUUACUUCUGUGUUAUCUGUAUGUAGCACCAGGGUCCUGGAGAAACGUUUCAAUUCAAUGUGUAGCGCAUCAGCUAUAUAUGGUUAAAAUGACAACAAAAACCUGACUUGAUCUCUCUCUCUCUCUCUUACUCGCUCACAAACUUAUGCACACACACACACACACACACACACACACACACACACACACACACACACACAUGCAUGUUGCAUGGCAGUUGUUGAUCAUUGUGUUUAGACAUCACAACUACCCUGUCCGUUCUGUAUGGUGGAUCAUUCAGGUGAACAUCAUUCAGAUAAUGAGAAGCAGGUGGAAGUGAGGCCUCAGUGGGCGAGCGCUGGACCGUACAGUACCUCAGGCUCCCUGUGGUUCUCUCAGUAAAUGCUUAUAAGAGUGACAGGAGGUGCUUAGUGCUUGACAAGACACAGGAAAAGGUGAUGAGCGUCUCAGAAGAAUCUACAUUAUCUCAGUGAUUAGCAAUGGACUCUGAGCUCCUAGCACGCGGCAUCUUGUAUCUGUCUCUGGCUGUGGCGGGAAUACCGGGGAACAUUGCUGUGAUCUAUGGCUUUCUGAUGGCGCUGCAUCAAGAUCGGCGUCUCCUCACAGCCGACAGCAUUGUACUGCACCUGGCCCUGGCCAACCUGCUGGUGGUGGCUGUUCGCUGCGUACUCGAGGUUUUUGCUACCUUUGAAAUUGUCAACGUUUUUGAUGACACAGGUUGCAAGGCCGUAAUUUUUGUGUACAGGACAGCGCGUUCGCUUUCCAUCUGGCUUACCUUCGUGCUGAGCGCCUACCAGAGCCUGAGCAUUGCGCCCCCGGGGUCACGCUGGGCAACAGCUCGGGACCUGUUCUCCCAGUUCCUUUGGCUCAUCUUUCUGGUAGUGUGGAUGAUCAACAUCUCCAUUAGCUCACCAUCUAUUAUCUUCGCCACUGGUGCCAAGAACACCUCAAAGCUCCUCCAGAACAGCAUCAACGUGCAGUUCUGCUUUGUCAAUUUCCCGUCUGUGAUCGUCAAGGAUGCCAACGGAGCUGUGCAGACAGUAAGAGACGUGGUGCCCAUGGCUCUCAUGACCACAGCCAGUCUCAUCAUCCUCCUCUUUCUCUACAGACACAGCCGGCAGGUCAGAGCUAUCCGUGGCAGUGGUGGUGGUGGUGCAGGACCAGGAGGAGGAAGUUCCUCUGAACGCAGGGCGGCUAUUACCGUGGUCACGCUGGUUAUGCUGUAUGUCGUGUUGUACGGCGUGGACAAUGGGCUUUGGGUUUACACUAUUAUGGUAAAACAGACCAUGUCGUCUGCGCUCAUCUCAGACCUGCGCAUCUUCUUCUCGUCCCUGUAUGCCGCCAUGAGCCCCGUUGUCAUCAUUGUAUCUAAUAAGAAAGUGAACAAAGAUCUGAGGUGUGCCAGUGAGGAGAAGAUGACAAUGGCUGUUAAAGGCUGAUAAACACUGAUCAAACUGUAUCUUCAGUAGCCCUCGACUACUGCAGUGCUGAAAUUGGCUCUAUUUAAUCAUGUGAAGUAGUGUGUGUGUGUGUGUGUGUGUGUGUGUGUGUGUGUGUGUGUGUGUGUGUGUGAGAAUUGUGAUAUGAACUUUAAAAAGAUGAGAGGAAAAUAUUGUAUUUUUAAUACAUGAGUGUAGGAUGUUUGAUAAAGAUUUCAGUCAGUAAACCUCAUUAAUACACACUUAUGCAAGCUACAUGCAGUGCGUCUAUUUUAAAUAAUUUAUUUUAUACAGUCACCUUUUUUUUGCUGGAUUUAUAAAAAUAGCAGGAAUGUUAAGGACACAAAGCAGCAGAUGGUAAAAACACAUUUAAAUUAGGACUUAAAAUGUAAUGUUUUAUUCAUGUUUUUGACUGCUCUUAAAUCAAAAAUAAAAUGAUUAGUUGUGUGUAUAGAGUCAAAAUAAUCCUGAGAAUAGCUACCAGUCAGUGUGUUAUGAGAUUUAUAUCAUGUUUUUGGGUGACGUGGAGUUAUAUGGAAUUGUUGGACUAUUUAAGUAAAAAUGUUGGUCUAUGAUUUUCAGGAGGUCAAAUGUUACGUUAAAAAAAACACGAACUCACCACGAUGUCAGUUAUCGUUAAUAAAACACUUCUAUUGCUUAAGCGUGAAAUGAGAUGAUGUUCAAACUGCUCCCCUGUUUAGAGAAUCUCCUCCUGUGGCUUCUUUAACAGUGAUUAACACUUCACCUCAUGUUCUGUGUGUGUGUGUG